AUGUCUGUGCUGUUGUCAAAUGAAGCCCAACUGCGCUAUGUAAUAGAGUGGUUUCAAGAAUGGUCAGAAAUGCAGAGAAAUGACUUUCUAAGUGUGCUCAUCGAACAAUGUGGCCCUGCUGGUCUUGUGAAUGGGUUAGCCUCCAAGAUGGAAACGCUGAGAUGCUCAGAGAGAUCUGACAGACCUCCAAACAUAUACCAAUGUCGGGUGAAACUAUUUAAGAAAUGGAGCAACAAUUGGUCCCAACAGGACAAGGAGUCUUUGCUCUCCUCGAUCAAAAACACAGAUCCUGCUUUUGCAGAGAAGUAUGAAGAGAAACUGUCUACUCUAGUGAGUGAAGAUAAAAAAUCAUAA